CACAGAACUCAGAGCAGAGCCGGACAUACACACAGCAGGACCACAGUAUUCAGCACACACACAGGACAGAUUCAGGAUGCGUGCAGGGACCCAGCCGCUGCUCGGCCUGCUGCUGCUGCUCAGCUUGCAGGGGAGCCCGCUCACAGAGGCCUGCUCCUGCGCCAUGACGCACCCGCAGGACGCCUUCUGCAGCGCCGACAUAGUGAUUCGAGCUAAAGUGGUGGGCAAGAAGCUCCUGAGAGAUGGACAUUUUGGAACAAUGCGCUACACAGUCAAGCAGAUGAAGAUGUACAAAGGAUUUGAAAAGGUCCAGCACGUGCAGCACAUCUACACAGACGCCUCGGAGGGUCUGUGCGGAGUGAAGUUUGACAUCAACAAGUACCAGUACCUGAUCACAGGCCGAGUGUACGAUGGAAAGGUCUACACAGGGCUGUGCAACUUCAACGAGCGGUGGGAGCGCCUCUCAUUGGCCCAGAAGAAAGGCAUCAACCACCGCUAUCAGCUGGGGUGCAACUGCAGGAUUAAGUCCUGCCACUACCUGCCCUGCUUUGUGACCUCUAAGAAUGAGUGCCUAUGGACGGACAUGCUGUCCCACUUCGGCUAUCCGGGCUACCAGUCCCGGCACUAUUCCUGCAUCCAGCAGAAGGAGGGCUACUGCAGCUGGUACCGGGGCAUGACUUCACGCGACAAAACCGCAAUCAACGCCACUGACCCCUGAACCCUGACCCCAACGCACCCUGCCCAAACCACUGACUCCCUGACUCCGACCAAUCCCAGGUGACAGCCUCUUUUAAAGGGGCAAAAAAGAGAAAAGAGUAAAUCCAUUGCAGUGCCUGUUUUGUAGCACUUCUGACAGAAAACUAUACCUUUUUUGUUGUGCACAUCGCCCUGUUGAACUAUCGACUUUCCAAACACGAAUCGAACUGUCCUUGAAAGUGAUCAACCUUUAUUGGAUCCUCAGGAAUAAACAUCAAGCAGUGACACGUACACAAUUUGAAGUUUCAAUACCAAUAGCAUUGAUGUUAAUAGGUGAGCUGUGUUAGCCUUCUGCUAACCUGGUAGCCAAUUAUCACUAUGUCAAAUGACAUUGUUGCUACUUGCUACAGUUAGAUGGACGGUGUUCCACACAUCCAACUCUGUAGAUGGAGUGCCAAUGUAAGGUAUGACCUCUGAAUGUUAUACCUCUUAUUUCGUCCUCAAAUUAUUGCAUUUUCUUUGAAAAUUGUAUUGUUUUACAGUGAAGUAUACAUGUAUCAAUUAUGUUCAGUGUUAACUGUAACGUGUCUUUAAGGAUUAUAGAAUCUCUGCUGACCUGAAUGUUAAUAUCACAAACAACCCUGUACUGUUGAGCACUGUUGAAUAUCAGAGAGAGGCUAAAAUAAAUGCUCUGUUAUAGUGCCAACGCAGAGAGAUGCUCACUUCUGGCCGAGAUGGUGAUAUUUUAUUUUUUGCUGUAUAUAACAUAAGCUACAGAAAUGAACUAUAAACUAAUCUGAAACCUCUGUAAUUCAUUUAUUUAUAUGUUUAUUAGAUUACACAGAAAUGAUGUGAUAUCAUCUGCAUAAAAAGAAACAAAUAUAUAAUAACUGAUCAAAACUACAUUGUGACAACCAUCGCAGCCUGCGCACCCCCCAGAAUGAGGGACCAGGCUAUAGUCUGGUACUCACGGUACUCCUGUCUGUUAGCUCAAUCCAAGAGUGGUACUCCUCGUCCAAUGAAAGCCACAAGUUCAGAGAUAUUUUGUAUGUGUAUAUUCAAUCUUUUGUAUUUAACUAUUUCAAAUUGACAUAUAUAUGUCAAUAUAUAUAUAUAUAUAAAUGAUAGUAACAAUGUUGUCACUACAUUUUUUUUUUUCACCUGUUUUUUCUCAGUGCCGUACCUUCAAUCCAUUCCAUUAACAGACACAGGUUUGUCACAGCCCUUCAUCACUAACACAAAGUAUUACAUCGCUAAUGCACUGUGGCUUUGACCAAGUUUUCAAAAGCGUUUUUCUAAAUGUUGGGAAAUAUGCUUUUUCGCUUUUCUGAUUCAAGUUAAAUGAGUUUAGCUUAGUCGCUAAACUAGCCAUCUCGUUGGAGCUGGAGGUUCAUGUUUAACACACACGUUAGAAGCUUAUAGAAGCGUGAAACUUCCAGAAACAAAGUAAAACGCCAAUUUCCUAAAAUGUAAAAACUUUGUAUUUAUUUAUCCAUCUCUAUUCCAAAAAUGUGUCUUUCAUGUGAAACAGUAUUUAAACCACCUCUGGGAACUAAAGCUAAGGUCGGAUCACAUCAGAGGAGGAAGAUUGUAUCUGGAACUAAAGUCAAAUAUUGACACGUUUCUCUAAAUUAUUAAAAAAGACAACCCUAAAGCUAUCUUAUUUUUGUAACUCGCUCAAAGUUUUCUACACAGAACUGCUGAAUACUUUUCCUUCUGUCUGCCUCCUCUCGAUGAUGACUCUUUGGCAUGAGUACGCAACAUUACACCGAGUCCGGAUUACGUGUCAUUUAGUUUUAAGACAGUACAACAGAAGUUAAUAAUUACUGACCUUCGAGUCGCGUAUCAGUAGAGAUUUUAUUUUGUACAAAACAUGUCCUUUCUGUCUUUGUACUGUAUGUGUUGACAAAGCUCUUUCUCCAGCUGUGGCGUUUCUGUGUCACUAUUUCUGUGGUUCAUGUUUGUGUAAAUGUACUGUCUGCUUAACACAGAAAGACUUGGUCAAGUUUAAAAAAUAACCCAAUCAAGGAAGCUGUGUACAGUCUGAUUCCUGAAGUGUGUGUGAGGGGGGUUCCUUGUAGGGGUUAUAGAAGUGUUUGACUUAAUUUCUGUGUUUUAUAUUUUUAUAAUAAAGAUUUAAUGAACA